GGAGAGUCUGGCCGCGGCCAGCGGCGCCGCCUUCUCUUCGGGCCGGGCACGGAGGGCCGGGGCCUUUGUGUGAGGCGGCGGCGGCGAUGGUGCUCGGGGCCGCGCUGAGCCGGAUUAACUGUGCUAAUAAGGAGGUAACUUCGUAGGAGCUGCUAAGAUGGGCAUGAGGAUCAAGCUGCAAAGCACCAACCACCCCAACAACCUGCUAAAGGAACUCAACAAGUGCCGGCUCUCAGAGACCAUGUGUGACGUCACCAUCGUGGUGGGGAGCCGCUCCUUCCCAGCCCACAAGGCUGUGCUGGCCUGCGCAGCUGGCUACUUCCAGAACCUCUUCCUAAAUACUGGGCUUGAUGCUGCCAGGACCUAUGUAGUGGACUUUAUCACCCCUGCCAACUUUGAGAAGAUUCUGAGCUUUGUCUAUACAUCAGAACUCUUCACUGACCUGAUUAAUGUUGGGGUCAUCUAUGAGGUGGCUGAGCGUCUGGGAAUGGAGGACCUCCUCCAGGCCUGUCACUCUACCUUUCCUGACCUGGAGAGCACUGCUGUGGCCAAGCCCCUGUCCAGCACCAGUGAGGGCCACUCUAGUACCCUGAGUUGUCUUACAGCAGAAUCUUCUCAUCCCCUUGGAGAACUCCGGGGUGGUGGGGAACACUUUGGUCCUGAUAGAAACUAUGUGUUACCCAGUGAUGCUGGAGGGAGCUGUAAAGAGGAAGAGAGGAAUGUUGCCAGUGACACUAACCAUAGCUUGCCUCUGCCACAGCCACCUCUGCCACCAAAGACAGAAGACCAUGAUACCCCUACUCCUUUUACAUCUGUCCCUAGUGUGGGGACCCAGCCAGUCCUAGGCACUGUCAGCACAGGCAUUCAGACCAGCAUGAUCUCCUGCCAGCCAUACAAAGUCCAAAGCAAUGGAGACUUCAGUAAAAACAGCUUCUUCACCCCUGACAAUACAAUAGACAUUACCACUGGGACCAACUCCUGUCUGAGCAAUAGCGACCACUCCAAAGAUGCUGGCUUUGGCCAGAUGGAUGAACUACAGCUAGAGGACCUAGGGGAUGAUGACUUGCAAUUUGAAGACCCUGCUGAGGAAAUAGGCACAACUGAGGAGGUGAUUGAGCUGAGUGAUGACAGUGAGGAUGAGCUGACUUUUGGAGAGAAUGACAAUCGGGAGAAUAAAGCCAUGCCCUGCCAGGUGUGCAAGAAAGUUCUAGAGCCCAACAUUCAACUGAUCCGGCAGCAUGCUCGGGACCAUGUGGACUUGCUGACAGGCAACUGCAAGGUCUGUGAGACCCAUUUCCAAGACCGAAACUCCCGGGUGACCCAUGUCUUGUCCCACAUUGGUAUUUUCCUCUUCUCCUGUGACAUGUGUGAAACUAAAUUCUUUACCCAGUGGCAGCUGACCCUUCACCGACGAGAUGGAAUAUUUGAGAACAACAUCAUAGUCCACCCCAAUGAUCCCUUGCCUGGGAAGUUGGGUCUGUUUUCAGGGGCACCCUCCCCAGAGUUGAAAUGUGCUGCCUGUGGAAAAGCACUGGCCAAAGAUUUCCAUGUGGUCCGGGGCCAUAUCCUUGAUCAUCUAAACUUGAAGGGCCAGGCCUGCAGUGUCUGUGAUCAGCGACAUCUUAACCUCUGCAGCCUCAUGUGGCACACGCUCUCCCAUCUUGGCAUUUCAGUCUUCUCCUGCUCUGUCUGUGCCAAUAGCUUUGUGGACUGGCAUCUUCUAGAGAAGCACAUGGCUGUGCACCAAAGUCUGGAAGAUGCCCUCUUCCGCUGCCAUUUGUGCAGCCAGAGCUUCAAGUCAGAGGCUGCCUAUCGCUACCAUGUCAGCCAGCACAAAUGCAACAGUGGCCUUGACACACGGCCUGGUUUUGGGCUACAGCACCCAGCUCUCCAGAAGCGGAAGCUGCCAGCAGAGGAGUUUCUGGGUGAGGAGCUGGCUCUGCAGGGCCAACCCGGGAACAGCAAAUAUAGCUGCAAGGUCUGUGGCAAACGGUUUGCGCAUACCAGUGAGUUUAACUACCAUCGGCGGAUUCAUACGGGUGAGAAGCCAUACCAGUGUAAGGUAUGCCACAAGUUCUUCCGAGGGCGCUCAACCAUCAAAUGCCACCUCAAGACGCACUCGGGGGCCCUUAUGUACCGCUGCACAGUCUGUGGCCACUACAGUUCCACCCUUAACCUCAUGAGCAAACAUGUUGGUGUGCACAAAGGCAGCCUCCCGCCCGACUUCACCAUAGAGCAGACCUUCAUGUACAUUAUCCAUUCCAAAGAGGCAGAAAAGAACCCAGACAGCUGACUGGGUGCCAGCAGAGCCAGGGGAGCACCCAGCAGUAGCCAGGACAUUGAUUUUCUCAUGACUGUUGGUCCCUUCCCAGCUGAAGUUACGAUUUUGCCUUGCUAGGAAUUCUCUUUUGUGUUGUGUUUAAAGAAGAAAAAAGAAGAAAUAGCACAUAAGCUGUUACUUUUUUUGAGAAGCAACAGCCCUAUUGCAUUUACCUCCAUACCUGUUCCUGCCCAUGAAGGGCUGUUUUUUUUUAUUAUUUUGAAGCUGGUUUUGGGAUCUAGGCAAGCUUGGUAUAACCUAGAUCCCUUUCCCCAGCCUCUAUAGUUUAGUUUACUGAUAGGUUUUAUGCUGCUAAGAAUCCAACCAACAGCCUCACUGAAUCGAGGAGGUGAAGAGAUUUUCACUGUGGGUAUUGCCACCAGGCCACCAACUGGGACAGCCAGCUAUGAGAAAGAUUUUGGGAGUGUGGUUAUUCGGAAGAGGCCAGUCAGCAGGGCAGCUCACCUCAGGUUCCAGUGCCAGUCCUCAGCAGGGAAAAGAUGUCAGAUGGAGAUGGAGGUGCUUGCUUGCUCCAUGGCCCUAAUCUGCUGCUUGAUCAUGGAACAUCUUUUGGCAGCUAGAUCCAAACUGGAAACAAAGCUUUCUUUUUAAGUUAGAAAGCUUUGGGACGAAUCCUUGCCAGCCAGAAGGGGUGUCCUGUAGUGCCAUCAGAAGUGGCAGCCUGGAUGUAUAGGAAAGGAGGUUUCUCUUCUUGUUUCCAAAGAAAAUUAUGGAAUGAUCACCCAGGAUACCAGGCUUUCUCUAUGGGGCAAAGAAGACAGGGAGCCACUUUGAUGUAGUCACCUGUCAUUUUGGCCACUUCCUUUGGCCUCAAGUUUCCUGGUGGAGAGGUGGGGAUGUCUCUGACAGCAACAGCCUUGCCUUAAUUUAUAUCCAGUCUCCCACCUGGAAAAGUUCAACCCUUAGAGUAGAGGAGAAGACUCCAUGAAAGCCUUUCAGGUUUAACAGGACCUGAGUAACUGGCAGUGUGUAGCAGGGUGUGCAUUCUGACUGUCCCAGUCAGGUAACCUGUUGUUUACUUUGUGCUGACAGUGUGGGAGCUUUGGCAGCUCAUCUUUGACCUGCUGGAAUUUAUCCUGGUCUGUGGUUGCUUCACCUCUAGGGGGUGCUGUUGGAUGGCAGCUGGUUCAGGCCCCCAGGUGUCUGGGAAUGUGUCUGCCUAGUCCUCGAGGCCAGUUGGCUCCAUUCUUAGUUGUUUUUCUAGGGGGUCUUUCCCAAAGAAGGCUUGAGGGAGAGACCCUCAAUCUCACGUAUUCAUGAGGUGGCCCCUCAGCAGCUCAUACUACCUCACCCUGCUCAGGCAAGCUCUGGGAGUCCCAGCUUCAGCCCUGACACUACUGUGGGACUCAGCAGCACCCGGGCUGUUUCACAAGCAAACGGUUCUAAUUAACUCACAAAGCCUUUUUGGACAUUAAUAUUUAUUUAUUUUUUUGUUUUGUUUUUGUAUAUGCAUUACCUAGCAUCUCUUUAGGGUAAAAGACUUCAGGAAAAUGAGUUUCUCCCCAGCAAGUAGCCAUAUUCCAGAGGGACAGUCCUAGUCAGAGAUUUGGGGAUUAGGGGUCAAACUAGGGGAGAACAUGUCAUACCUUUUAAACAAGCAAAUUCUUUUCUUCCUCUCCAGAUAGCCUCUAGCAUAAUAAAUCCAGGGAACUCUUUAGGCAAUGGGUACUAGUUCUAGAUAGAAAAUUGGAGCCAGUUAAAUUUUGUGGCCUUUCCUCCCCCUUCCAUCUUGGAGUAGAUUAGAGACUGCGUUGAAGGACCUUUUUGCACAGUUUCUCGUCCUUACACUUGGGAAGCUGUCCUUAUCUGUGUUAAGGCACAUAGGCAAAGCAAGGCUCAUAUCCGUUGGACAUGCUGCCUCUCCUCAGCCCUGGAGAUAAAGCCACAGAGUUGAAGCACAUGGCUUGGCUAUCUGGAGGGGUGGCCGUUAGAUGAAAGGACUUGCACAGUGGCCAGUUUAAAGGUCCUCCCCUUUGACCCAUCUAAAUCCAGUUUGACCAGUGUCCCCUCAGGACCUUCGCAUCAAGAAAGUAGUGUUGAGACUUUUCCUUACUGACUGGCUUUUCCCUCCUUCCACUGACCAUUAGAAACCUAAGAAGGAAAUGUGUAACAGACCAGCAGAUGUCUGCUAAACUUUUCAGAAUGAAUAAUCCCUCCCAGGCUGUUGGUGAGGACUGAUUUUUGAAUGGCUGGUUUGAGAGCAACAGUAAUUUCUGGAACCCAGUCAGGUAGCUGAAAGUACAUAAAUAUACUGGAGAAACCCUUUUCCUUAACAGAGAGUACCAUGGAUGCUGGUGGUCUGUAUACUUAACCUGAAACUGUGAAGUUUUCCCUUUUGCCAGUAAACCAAAAAGCAGACCCUUAAAAUUUUGCCCUUGAAACACUAAACAAAGCCCUGCAACCCCAUACCCCAAGGCUGCGGUUGGUCAGGGUGGUCCAUUAGGUCCCCGACAAAUAUGUCACAGGAUAUGUCAUGAGGCUUGUUGACCAAACCCUGUCCCUCUGUGUGUCCCCCAUGGUCACUUCUGAUGUCACGUUUGCUUCCUUUGUCUCGAGCUUAGCCUUUUCUUAAUUGUUUUACUUGAAACGCUGUGUCAUGGCAAAGGAUGUUCUAGGACACCUGGGGAAGGUACUCAUUUGAUUUUGCAGUUUUAAUUUUUCAACCUUCUGCUCAUUUGCUUCUGUUGCCCCCUCUUUCCUGGAGCACAGUUGAGUAUUGUCUCUCCUAUCACCCUGAAGUUCUGUUUGACUCAUGAAUGUCCUCUGUCUCCCUUUCCCUCUUUUCUUGUUCUGUACUCUGGACCAGCAACAUCAGUUGUGGAGCCCUCUUGUUCACAGAGUAUUCAGAAUUUCAAGCUGGCGAUCAUAGAGCAUUAAACCAAAUGCAGGGCUAUAUCCACCUUGUUUCCUAAGGGGAAAACGGUGUGUGCCACCCUAGGGAUAAACGGCGGUGGCUGCGUGUGGCUGGAGGAGUUCAGUAUCCCAUCACCCAAUGACCCAUUGAUGACUCACUGGUGCUGCAACCUUAGUAUUUGGUCCUCAAUUUUUAGACUGUGAAGUCCCUACAGUUCAUGGCUAGUUGGGAAGAAAGAAGGUGAGAUGGAGAUUGGAGCAGGUAACCCCUAAGAACCAGGAGAUGGGUGAAAGUUCCUAUGACUUCUGUUUUGGUCUGUCAGUUCCCCUUUGUUUUUGGGACAAACCUUUGGGCUUACAUACUUUUUUCUCAGUCAAACUUUUGCUCCUGAUGAAUUUUCUUCCUCUUCUGGCUUCCUGCUAUGCCCUGUUCCCUACCCUCCAGACCACUUCCAAAGCAAAUUUAAAUCCCUUUACAGAUGGAUACUGACUUUGUUGGCAUGGGAAGAGGACUGUGUGACGUGCCCUCUGCCUAUCUGGGGGGCCCCAUGUGUCCUUUUCCUUAACUCCUGCACCAAUCCGAGUCAGGAAGCAGGAGUCAGGAAGCAGGGUGCACGGCACUGGCUUUAGUGCAAUUCUGCAUCAUAGCAUCAUAGAUUUAGCAUCAGAAUGAAGAUGAAACUGUUUUGAUUUUGAUGUUUGUUUAAAACCUGUCCCUCAUCCAACCCCCACCUGGCCUUUAAUAGCUAAAAUCUCUUAUGAAACAGAGAAGAGUUAUUGAUGUCUAACUCCUUCCAUUAAAUUAAUAAGUACUGACCUCCUGAUAUUUAAGUGUUUACUAUCUAUUGCUGUAAAGUUUUGUAUAUUUUGUAAACUUUUUUCCCAAAUAGUAGAUGUCUAAAAUCGUUGUACAUCUGAUUCUUUUAUAUUCCAUUGUUCAGCACAAAGUGUGGUUUUUAUUUAGAAUAAAAAAAAGAUUUG